CAGAGAGUUUGUUUUUGAAGUAUUUCUUGAUAUUUUGGUCAAUUUUCACAAAAUACUUGACGAUACUCAUGUUUAUCUAUGACGUAUAUCAGUAAAGCAAGGAUUUAAUCUGUCCGCUAAUCUACAAAAGAUCUGCCACUGUAACUAGCUAGCUAAGGUUAGCUAUUUCGAUGAUUGGUUAGCUAAUUUAGCUAGCAAAUGUAAUGUAAAAAGGACCUGCGUCUUCCGUUUGUAAUCAAGCUAGUGCAGAAAGGUAUGGCGUGCACUUUGGAAAAGGUUCUUGGCGAUGCUCGCACGCUGCUUGAGAGGCUCAAAGAGCACGACACGGCGGCGGAAGGACUGAUCGAACAGUCUGGAGCGCUCAGCCAGAAGGUUCAGGGCAUGAGAGAGGUGGGGAAUGCCCUUCCAGACAAGUACAUGGAGGAAAGUUCUGAGAUACAGGAGUUGUCAAAGUACAAGCCUCACGUCCUGUUAACGCAAGAGAAUACCCAAAUAAAGGAACUACAGCAAGAAAACCGAGAACUGUGGCUGUCUUUGGAGGAGCACCAGUAUGCGCUAGAAUUGAUCAUGGGUAGAUACCGCAAGCAAAUGCUACAGCUUAUGAUGGAAAAGAAGGAGCUGGACACAAAGCCUGUUCUUAGCCUUCAUGAGGACCAUGCCAAGGAAGUGCAAAGCCAACUGGAGCGGAUAUGCGAGAUGGGUCAGGUGAUGAGAAGAGCUGUUCAGGUGGAUGACCAGCAUUACUGCUCUGUGCGAGAGAGGCUUGCCCAGCUAGAGAUUGAAAACAAGGAGCUGCGAGAUCUACUGACCAUUAGUAAGAGUUCUGUGAGGCCACAGAAGGAAGACUCCAGCCAAUCAGCGACAGAGGAAGAAGCCGAACCAGGGACCAAUCAGUGAUGGAAUCGAUAGAGAAGAUCUCAGUUGCAUACUCCUCGCAUCCACUUCUCGUCUCCUUCUCAAAACCCUUUGGAUGAGAAAGCCAGAGGUCCCGCCCCUCUGACGUUCUCCUCCAGUGGGUUUUGAGGAGAGAGGACAGGAGGAGUAUGCAAUUGAGAACUUCCCAUAGAAAGGAGUUUGGAUUGUUCAUGGAGAAGAACAGUUCCCCAGGGCCACAAGACAGGGUCGAUUACAUUUUCACCACCGGUCACCCCUUCCCUUUAAGACAAAGUCCAUUUUUUGUGUUGUUAGUUACCAUUUAAUAUAUAUUUCCAAAGGUGCUCCUGCUGCCCAAUGAAGCACUGUAAAGGCACAGAGAAGAGAGAAUACUGUUUUUUUGUCAGGAAAGAUUAGCUCCUGUACAACAGUUUUAGUAUAGAGGGUGAACUUUUGCAUUGGCCAAAGAGAAUCACAUUUGCUUUUUAUGGCAUGGUCUCUAGCUUUUCAUUUUGAGUCAUCUGUUCAAAUGUACUUGCAACAUUGUAGAAAUAAUCACGUGGUCAAUUCACGGGAAACCAAAUGCCAACUCUCCCCACAUGGUUUAGCAGAUGUUAUGCUGUCAAAAUGCAAGUCUUGAUGUUUAUUCCCCUGGGCCUCAUAUGACCUCUUGUUGUCUCCAAAUGUUUCAAAUCAAAUUGCGUUUUUCAUGUGCUUACUUAUGGGCCCUUAAUGAACAAUGCAGAGUUUUUAAAAAGUAAGAAAUUCAGUCAAUCAAUUUUCAGUCUGACUUGCUUGUAGCAGAUUAACAGUUUGUAUCUGUAUGUAAUUAUCUGUUACUUUAGAACUAUUUGAAAUAUUUUGUCAGUGUCUGUAAUUGAUGUGUAAAAAAAACAUUUUUCAUGUCUGGUAUAAUACUUACACAAUGAGUCAGUGUGUGAGUGUAACAUGUUCUAGACAUUAGCGUUUGACCAUAACUUUGAUUAGAGGCUCUCUUUUUUUUUAAAUCUUUUUUUUUUACAAUCCAACAGCUUGACGGACUGUUGUCAAAUUGUUUAUGACAUUGUCAUCUCAGGAAACUUUCUUGUCAUUAUUGCAAAAGUGAGCUGCAAUUUCUUCAAUGCUUUGAUGAGUGAAUUUAUUAAUUUGAUGUGUCAAAUAAAUUGUCAUCAAAUGCCUAAUUUUACUGAUUUUAUUUUUACAGCAAAAGGAAAUGCAGACAUUGCAAGACAUGGAGCACUUGCUUGAUGGAUAGAUUUGGUGAAAAUGUCCCUUUACUCAGGAUGACAAAAAUGUUCUUUGAAUUUCCCAGUUCACUCAAAAGUAAUGGCGAUCUGAAAUUCGGGGCUUUCGCUAGAUGGACACAUAUUGCUUUUAGGUCUUCAAUUAAAACAAGCUAUCGUGAGAUUUAGGUUAUGGCUCCAGAAUCCAGGGACUGCGUUUGACAUUUUUAGCAAGAAAAAAAGUUAAUUAUGCCAGGAAAAAAGCUUAACUAAUGCCUCGCAUAUAGUGCCAUCAAACUUGGUAAAUAACCCAAUUUGUUCCAGAACGUUAGCUACGUUCUGCUUUGCCAGAUAAUAAAAGCAUGCUCAUGUCUUGAUUUGCUGGCUAGCUAUCUAGCUGUCACUUACUGCUAGCUUGGUCUGCUAAAGACUAGUAUAGUAGUAGCCAGUCAUCCUAUUCUCAUUAUAUAGCUAGUAUAGUAACACAGUAAUUUACACUCACUGUCAGUCCAGCUAGUCUGCAGGAUGUGCAUAACCAUAUAUUUUGCUAGUAGCAGACAUCUAAUGACAUGUCUCACUAUAUUGCUGCUACCUAACUGUCAGUGUCGGUCCAAAAGGGUGUUGGGCUGCAUAAGAGUAGCCUAAUAUUUCCAGGGCUGCCAACUUUUGAAGAAAAUUAGAUGAGAUUUGCUAUGAUAAUUUUAUUGCCCCCUGGCACAACCCCAAGAUGGGGGUCUGAAAAUGUUACUGUUUUAAAGCUCAUUUCCUGCAAUUCUAUGUAUUUUUAUAUGGUUUACGCCUAUCAUCUGAAUACAGGUCAAUUGUAUUCAGGAUGCUUUGAACAUUAAAAGAACACUCAAAAUUG